AUGGCAGGAGCCCUUGGAAAACUGACCAUCACUUUUCACCGUGAUUUUAUCGACGACGUCCGCCCUUACCCUACGGGGCCCUCCAUGCCGGACUACGUGGAGAUUCAUACCAAUAUCAAUAUCUUUCCAGAGGGUGAUUUCUACGACUCAGGAGUAGUGGUCGAGCCUCUCCAUACUUAUGUGAGAGCCUAUAUCACGCGCUUUGACCAAGAGAUCUAUGUUCCCAAUGCGUUUUUCUACGCGGAUGAUCGAUUCCAUGUAACUAUUGCGGAAGAAAAUCAGUCGGAAAUUAUCAUACAAGCUUUGAGCUUGCAAAGGUGA